CGCGAUCUCAUGGCCGCACUAAAACGCGAUUUACUUCAACUCGCGUUUCAUUUUUACCCCAUUGUUGUUGGUUUCGUUGUUGUUGUUGUUGUGCAUAUAUCAAUUAAUGGUGCGCGAGGCAAAAUAAUCAGCCAGUGGACAAGCCCGCCCAACACCAGAGCCCCUGCCCCAGACCGCCAAACGCCGCAAAGGAUUUACCGGCAGCGCAGUGGCAACCAUGAACUUCCCACUGGCGAGCGUCAACAAGGAUACGCUGCGGGCAGCCUGCAAGAAAUGCGGCUACGCCGGUCACCUGACCUACCAAUGCCGCAAUUUUCUCAAGGUUGACCCCAACAAGGAGAUUCUUCUGGAUGUGGAAAGCACCAGCUCGGACUCGGAGCUGGACUACCUCACGCCGCUCACCGAACUGAGGGCCCAGGAGCUGAAGGGUGGCGCUGAGGUGCCGCCGCCACCGGAGCCAGCGGUGCUUCCCGCGGCAGGCAACCGGGACAGGAGCAAGGACAAGAGCCGCGACAGGCUCAAGGCGAAGAAGCGGGAAAGCGAGAGGGGAAGAGAAAGGGUGAAGGAGAAAGACAAGGAAAGGGAGAAGGGUAGCCGGAGCAAGGACAAGAAGCGUAGCCACUCCAAGCGCAGCCACAAGCUGACCGAGAAGGCCAAGGACAAGAAGUCGGUGCGGCAUAAGAAGCAUGUCAAGAAGAGGAGCCGGAAGCACAAAAAGACCACCACCACCAACAACAGCAGGAGCAACAGCAGCAGCGAGCUGGCCAAAACCAAAACAGGCAAGCGACCGAGCAGCGGCAGCACCAACAAGAAGUCAAAACGACGACGAUCAUCCUCCACCUCCAGCUCGGACUCGUCGUCAUCGUCGUCGUCCUCCUCCUCCUCAGCAACCAGCAGCUCAUCGUCGUCAUCGAGCGAUGAUUCGAGUGAUGACUCCUCCACGUCGAGCGAGUCGUCCGAAUCCGAUUCCAGCGACAACGAGGAGUCCAGCACCAGUGAAUCGGAUGAGUACGGGCGCAAGAAGAAGCGGCAGGGCAAGUACAAGCGCAAGUCCACGGACACGGCCAUGCUGCGGCGCAAGAAGACCAAGGCGAAGCGGAAGCGUCACCGUGCCGGCGGAUCCGGUGCUCCGACCGCCGGCAGCAGCUACCUGAGCAGCCUCAGCGACAGCAGCACCUACUGAGAAGGAAACAAGGAUCAGCUGGACCAGCAAGAGAAUCUAGAUGUGGAUCUGGAUCAGCAUCAGCAUGGAUACACAGCUGCCUCCCAAAGCACUCGCUCCGCAAACUAGCUCGCUUUCCAUUUUAGCCGUAUAAGCGUAAAGGAGUAGGACCGCCAGCCCGUCCUUUCCGCUCCUCACUUCCACAAAGAGACUGCCAGUUCCACUUCCAGCUCCAGGCCCCAAACAACUUCCCCAUGAACUCUUCCCCCGGAUUAUGAGACGCAAACACUGGACCGUAGACUUGUCCCUAUACCUUAAAUUUCAGCACCGAUGUGCUGCAAAUACAACAAAUUAGUUUGUACAAGAGGAAGUCGAAGUUUUUCAUAAUGGAGAGAGCAAAGCAAUGGUUGCUAUUAAUUAUAAUCUUCCGCAACACAUUUUAUAUCUCACAUUUAGUAAUAAUAGUUGUAAUAGAUUAGAAAAUCGCUUUGUAAAUGAGCCCAAUAACAUGGCAAUCUAAUGACUUAAAGAUA